ACCAUGCUUCGCAUAAAUGUCCUCCAAAUCCUUAUAUUCUAGUAUUAGAUGAGAUUGUAUCAAUUAUCUCACAAACACAAACUUAUUUAAGUGGUUUGUCUAUAUCUCUUGCCAAUUUCUCAGAAUUAAUUACUCAGGCAGAAAGAGUUAUU